AUGGCGAGCACGUCGGCGGAGAUCAUCGCGUUCCUGCUGACCAUCUCAGGAUGGGUGCUGGUCUCCUCCACGCUGCCCACCGACUACUGGAAGGUGUCCACCAUCGAUGGCACGGUCAUCACCACCGCCACCUUUUGGGCCAACCUCUGGAAGACCUGCGUGACCGACUCCACCGGCGUCUCCAACUGCAAGGACUUCCCAUCCAUGCUGGCGCUGGACGGUUACAUCCAAGCCUGCAGAGGAUUGAUGAUCUCCGCUGUCUGCCUUGGCUUCUUUGGUGCUAUUUUUGGACUGGUUGGGAUGAAAUGUACAAAAGUUGGAGGCUCCGAUCAGACUAAAGCAAAAAUAGCUUGUUUAGCUGGACUGAUUUUCAUACUCUCUGGGUUGUGCUCUAUGACUAGUUGUUCCCUGUAUGCAAACAGGAUUACGUCUGAGUUCUUUGACCCUUCUUUUGUUGCACAAAAGUAUGAAUUAGGAGCAGCUUUGUUCAUUGGAUGGGCUGGAGCUUCACUCUGCAUAAUUGGUGGCAUUAUAUUCUGCUUCUCAAUAGCUGAAAACAGUAAUUCUGCAAGGAGGGGGUAUGCCUACAACGGAGCCACAUCUGUGAUGUCUGCUCGUACAAAGGUCCACAACAGUGUCCCUGACAAAACCCCACCCAAGCACUUUGACAAGAACGCUUAUGUUUAG